GGAGGGUUGGUCGUUGUCGCGGUUGUCGUCUUCGUCGUCGUCGUCGCUAACGUUUCUCCCCUCGCCCUCCUUUGACGGAGGUGUAGACGUUGUUCUCGGUAGAGUUGUCGCUUGUCCACUUCACUCUCGCUCGUAACAGUGCCAAAAGUGCUUCAAAACACUCCGCUUCGUUCUGUCGAUCUCAUUUUCUUUUCUUUGCUCCUUUUCUUUCUCCUUAUUUACUUGCCACUUUCCUAUUUUUCUCGUGAUCAAUACAGUUCCUCUUUUAUCUUUUUUAUCUAGGUGGAAGUUUAUCCACGUGUGAUCACGUUUUCUUCCUUCUUUUAUAUCUUAUUCUUUCCUUCAAAAUAUCUCUCGAUAUCUCACUCUGUGCCUGCCAAGAGAUCGUACGAGGCAGAGCCGAUCGCGUGGGCGAUCGCAAUGCAUUGAAAGGCUCGGGCGAAGGUGAUUAAUCGCGGCUUGUGAUUUGUGCGAUUGAUCGUGUUCAACCGACAACGACCAUCGCGUCAUUUAGUUUGGCGGAAAAUCAAUCGUGCGUGAAAAUUAAGUAACGUAUCGUAGUAACGUAGAAACGUCUGCGGCGCGCGCGAAGCUAUUAUAGUUGCCGGUCGUGGUUUUUCAUCAAGAAGAGGAUUCGACGAGAACGAUACGUUCAUGUUGCCAGAAAGCAACUUUCCCGUCACAGGGGGCACUAUGCAGACCGAGGAAGUCGUGCCGCGUACACAGUCUAUUGGCAUAGACAGUGGUCUCACCGACGGCGCUGGUUUGCAGCAUCAUUUGCAUCAUUCGGCACAUUUACGUUGCCCACUAUCACCUCUAAUCCACAUGGCCGUCAAGCAAGAGCCUCAGGAGGAAGAAGAGCGAAGUCGCGAUGUUGGCACAUUGAGCCCGCAAGUGGACGUAGGCAACGUGGCAGGUUCGGUGGACAGCAAGCAUGGACAACAGGUUGGUAAUCAAAUUCAAGGAUUGGAGGAAAAUCCAGUACUAACUGCUCCGGAUUCUAGCAACCGAGGACGAACCAGUCGUGGCCGCAGGAAAUCACGAUGGAAGCUCAAAUUCCAUCAUCAAGCAUUACCACCGGAAUAUUUGGAUCACUACGAAGCAUCCCUGGCCCAGGAAAAUCUGAAUUCGUCGCCGCCGCGCAUCAUCGAGCCAGCAGCAUCCAGUCCAGCACCGACAAACUCGACGUCUACCCCAAGUCCCGUCGCUGACGUUCAUGGCUGGCUGCAACGAAUCGCGGCGAUGCAACAGGAGCUCUGUCCACAGAUCGCGCCGCCUCAAUGCCCAACGACCCUUGGCCAUAAUCAAGUCACCGGUACUAGAAGAUCCGUCAUCACGUCUGUAUCUUCGCAGACUUAUCCUAAUCAUCAUAUCCAGCAGACACAGUCGCAGACAUCUAGCAGGCCCCCCAUGAAAUAUUCCGAUCUGCCAUACAUGGGUGAAAUCACUCUGGACAACAGUAAACCUAGACGUGGCCGGAAACCGAAGAAGGCCGACAUAUGUCAUUUGAUCUACAAGAAUUAUGGCACGAUAUUACCGGGCACGCCUGGUCACGAGGAGAGGAGACUGUCGCCUCGGGAUAAGCAGGAUCAUCGGGAAGGUGUGUCACCUCAAGUACCUUUCCAAAGGACUGAUGUUCAGAACAGAAUCAGCAGUUUAUUGGAAAAACGGCUGACUCAGGAGACCCGGCGGAGCUUUGCCUUAUCUGAGAAUUCGCGGGAGCAGGACGAGCCAUUAAAUCUCUGCAUCAGGGAUCUCAAUCAGCUGAAAAUUCGACUAUUGCGGAAACACGGGAACGUGUACGAGUCUGGUCAGGUUAAGAGCGAAACGUCUAGCGACGGUGAAGAAGUAGAGUGUCUGGGAACGAACUUUUUGUCGGAACCAGUAAAUUACUCGGAAGCAGUUGGUCAUCGGUCAAAUAACAGUUUCGUCAAUCAUAAUAAUAAUGUGAUCGAUCCUAUGGUCGGUCACAACAACUCUGGCUUCGUGUACUGGCCGAAUGCUGGCGUGUUUAUUCACCCAAUGGCGUUGCAAUCCCAGUUGCUAUAUUAUCAAAAAGUCGCCCAAGGUGACAAGUGCCCACCGCCGACAACGGAUCAACCACCGAGAGAGCAAAAGAUCGUGCCCAAAUCGAUAUACUCAAUGAUGGAGACAAAAAAUGCGGCCCAAGUGUCGCCGAUAUCUACAGCUCAAGCGAUACCAGUGUCGACUGCUACGUCCACUUCGCCAAGACCGAAGAGGAAUGCGCCCCUAGGCCAGCAGCAAAGUCAACCAACCAAACGGAAACGCUCCGCCAUAUUUAUACCGCCGAUGCCAACCGAAAAUAAUAAUAAUCCGGCGACAGAAGUAAGCAUAUGUAAGUUCAAAUUUACCGGUGGCGCCAAGCCCAGUUUACAAGAGAAGAAGAGCCUCUCUGUGGACUCAGGUGGUAAUUUUCGCUAUUACAGCGGUACCGGUGAUAAGAGCAUGCGCGGUUACGAGUUCUUUCCUAGAGAAGCUCUCCAGCAACCGGCGUGUCAAUCUGGUAGCACUUCCGCCGCCGGAGCCUUUCUGAAUGCCGCCGGUGAAAGGAUUCAACCGCCGAUGGCGUGUCAGAGAAGUCCGACCGGCCAGGAUGACGGCCGGCGAAAGAGAAAAACCAGAAAAUCACUGCAGCGCGAAAAGUUGGAGCAGACUUUCAAGGAAAAGGGUUUCCUCAUUCAGACGCAACAGUUAGAAUCUGCGGAGGGUGCCACCUAUUGCAAGUUCCGGCAGCUCAGAAAAUUCACCAGAUAUCUGUUCAGAAGCUGGAAAGACUAUUUGCCCGGUAACGUACGCGAAUUGAGCGGCUGUGGCAGUGGUGCUCCCGUUGCGAUAGAUAGCGACGUGGCUGAUGUUGAAGUCGAUGGUGACGCCGCUCUCGUUCCUUCGCCGCUUCCUCGCAGCAAUUUGUUAGACGUGCCGAACAGCUUCGUGGAGGAGGAUCAUCGGACUUUACCUCUCACGUGAGACCCAGCAUUCGCGACGAACGAAAGUCAUGACACGAUACGAUUCAAUUUGUUGUUAACAACUUUUUUCGGCUGUUAAUUUCCUGUUUUACGGAAAUCUAUAUUCGCCUGCAUUGAUAAAAUCAACAAAAAAUUUUUUAUGUGCAAAUUAAAGAUCUUUCCCCUAAAUCCAUAUUUUAAAACAGCAAAACAGCAAAUCAUGCUUGGAGCUAUACAUAUAUAGAUAGUAAUGGAUAGUAUGAGGAAGUUGAUUUCUAUUUAAUUUUUCCAUUUAUUUUAAGUAUUUUAGUAUUUUAUUAAUUUUAACUAUUCAUUUUCUCAAUAAUUUUCAUUUUUAAUUCUGUAUUUAAAGCUGGAGUCAAAGCUAUCAUAUGAAAUGUAUCGUACAUAAAUAAGUUCUUUCAAACGCUUCUCAUUAAAAAAUUAUUACAGCAUCGACAUUUUUGAUAUUAGAAUCAUCUCCAAAUGACUUCAGACGUCUGGCAUUAAGAAUUAUCACGGGAGAUUUAGGAUGUGUGUGCGUGCACAUGCGUAUGCGUAUAUGUGUGUAAAAUCAUUACCCAGAAUAUUUAUUAUUAUGAUAAAAAUACAUUUUAAUCACAACAGUAUCGUGUCAUGACGUGCCUCACAAGAAUAAGAUAAUAAACUCGAUCAUAGCUUAGUGCCAAAGAUGAGAGACUGGAAUGUACAUGAAAUCACAAUGGAGAACGGGUUAACCAAAGAGGGAUUUUGCUCUCGCCAUACUGGAAAUAGAAUUGUGCAGUGGUUUUUAGCUAUCGGACUACGAUGCAUUUGGGAUGGUAUCAGAGUGAAACUUGUAACGAUACCGUCUUUCUAAGCGAAAUAUCGUCUAACGAAAUCUAGUCUUAUUUAUACUCUUUUUAAAUUGUAAAUAUGUUUUUUUUGUUUUACGUCUGAUGGAUAUUUAUAUGGAUCUACUGUGCGCAAUAAUUUGGAUAAGGUAUGGAAAAGAAACGCGACAUUAUAUGCAACAAUUACGUACAAUCAAUUCGUUUCUUCGACGUUGCACGUUGGGGCAAAUAUCUUGACGCAUUUGUGCCAAUGUUAUAAAAACGUGACCUGUUUGUAUAUUAAAGUGCAAUAAUGGAAUCAAGUAAGACAUUUAUUUUUACAGAUUAUGGAAUUUUUCAUCUUAUUUCAAUUAACGCUAUUGCUAUUUAAUUCAAUUCCCGAUCCCCAAGUGCUAAAAGAUGCGAUUCUUUUCUCGAACUGAAUAUCUCGUCAUAUCUAUAUACCUAUGCUCCAUUAAGCGGAACAACUGCAAGUUGAAAACCGUCCUAUAUUCGUGCUGUUAUCUUUCUUCAUGCGGCGACAAAUAAAAUUAUUUUAUACUUAUGCUCAUUGUAACGAAAAAUCUUUGUAUAGUCUGUAAUAAUAAAAAAAUAAAUUGUUUGUGAUGUUUGCGCAUGGUACAGAGAUUCAGCGAGAUAGUCUUUCA